AUGGCGGUCGACUGCGGCCCUCACGCUGGAAACGGCACGCAGAUCCCUAGCGCUGUUUCCAUCGGAACCCAGGCCAACGUCAACGACACCGUCGACCUUUCUGCCGCCGACAUUGAAUGGGGCGGCUCGCCCAACGCCGCCGCCACCGCCAUCCUGCGCAACCGGUUCAUCCACAAGAAACGCAAACCUUCGCGGACCCGCGACGGCAAGGGCAAAAAGCGUCGGGUCCAGCCCGACACCCCUUUUGUCGACGAAGAGUUCGAGGACGACGAUGGCGACGAAGACUCAAGUCCGAACGCACUGACAGCAAUGACGACGACGAAGACGAAGAGAUUAACGGCGAGGAAGAACAUGGAUACGGAGCCCAGGAGGACGAACAAGGGGAUGGAGGAGACGAAGAUGACGAUGAGGGCGAAGAGGAUGAAGGAGAAGAAGAGGACGAAGAAGAUGGAGAAGAUGACAGCGACGACAACAGCGACGACGACAGCGACGACGAACGAGUCCUGUAUUAUGUGUACUUUGUCGUUGCGCGUACGGUUCACGUUGUGAUCAUGGUUGAAGACAUCGUGUCCCUACUCGUCCCUGUCCGAACAAACUUGGGUUCCUUUUCCGAGCUCGU